GUGGACUAUGGAGUAGUAUUUGUCUCUAUUAUAAAGCUAUGUUCUAGUUCUAGUAUUGAAAUCCUCAAAAGUCAACAUCAAAAACUCACAAAAUGUAUGAAUCUAAGAACUAACUGUUCACAAAAUCAAUGAAUUAGAGCACAAUGACAAGUUCAUCAAUCGAAUCAGCAGCUCAAUGGCUGGGAAAGCUACUAGUUCAAGAGGUACAAUACUUAGCAGCAGUUCGAGAUAAAGUUGAAGAUCUUCAAAGUGAGCUAGAAUGGAUGCAGUGUUUCCUAUGGGAUGCUGAUGAAAAACAGAACAAAAACGCUUUACUUCGUAAAUGGGUAUUUGAAAUUAAAGAAUCAGCACUUGAAGCUGAAGAUCUAAUAGAGCUUUAUAUAUUAGGCAUAGCUCGGAAAAGAGAAAACAAUGGGUUUUGGAUUUGGGAUGAUGUUAAAUGGUUAGCUUGUUGUUGGAUGGAAGCUAUGAAACUUCACUAUAUUGGCUCAGAUAUUGAUGCCUUGACUGCUAAGAUCUGUAAGAUGUCUUCAAGAUUGCAGACAUAUGGUGUGAAAAGCUCGUAUGAUAAGUACUCUUCUCGUGCUGUUUUGGACAAGAAAAUGAUAGCUGAGCAAAGGAGGACUUACUCUCAUAUUUGUGAUAGAGAUGUUGUUGGACUUGAAGAAUCGAUUGCGGAUUUAGCUGAUCGGUUAAAAGAAAAUGGUAAACAUGGGAUUGUAGCUCUUCAUGGAAUGGGUGGGAUCGGAAAAACUACUCUUGCACGGGAGGUUUUUCAUUAUACUCCUUUGAAGGAUAUUUUCGAUGGUUUUGCUUGGGCAUAUAUAUCUCAACAGCUUCAACUAGGACCUGUUUGUAGGGAGAUUUUGCUACAAUUAAUACCAGAAAAGAAUAAAGAAGAGAGAAAAUUGAUUGAAGGAUUACAAGAUUCACAACUACCAGGCAAGCUUUGUGAUAUGUUAAAACAAAAGAAAUAUCUAGUUGUUCUUGAUGAUGUUUGGUUUAGCAGAGAUUGGAAAUGUUUAGAACCUGCUUUCCCAGUUGGUGACACUUCUAAUGGUAGCAAAUUGUUGGUUACAACGCGGAAUCCUCAAAUAUUUUCUGGUCUAUCAGAUGAUUUGGUUUCAUAUCAUCAAGUUCAUGUUCUUGAUCGAGACAAGAGUUGGAAGCUGUUGCAGAACAAGUCCAAUUUCGAGAAAGAAAAAGCAGACCCUAUAAUGGUGGAGCUUGGUAACAAGAUGCUUGAUCAUUGUAAUGGUCAUCCUUUGGCUAUUGUUAUCCUAGGAGGAGUUUUAGCAACAAAGAAAUCAGUGGAAGAAUGGCAAUACAUCUCUGAUACUCUCCCUUCUCAUCUACAAGGGGAUGAAUCAUAUAGUGGAGUGUACGAAGUAUUAGCCAUGAGCUACUAUGAACUACCAUAUACUAUAAAACCUUGUUUUCUUCAUCUUGGUAACUUUCCUGAAGAUUAUGAAAUUCCUGUCCAAAGAUUAUAUCAUCUAUGGAUAGCUGAAGGAAUUGUGACGUCAACUCAAGAUAAAGUUGCAGCAAACAGAUCAUUGGAUGACAUUUCUGAUGUUUGCUUAAACGAGUUGGUACACAAAGGAAUGAUUCAAAUGGGGAGCAUCGAUUCAGAUGGAAAGAUUUGUACAUGUCGAAUUCAUGACCUUAUGCGGGAUAAAUGUCUAGAUAUCAACAAUGAAGAAAAUUUCCUACAAAUAUUUGAUUAUCGUUCUUGUAAUAGGGAAGAUCAACAACAUCAAGCUUUCAUAAAUGCACCACAUGACAAGCUUCGUCGCAUGACUUUGUACUUUGAUGAGAGAAUAUCUUUACCCCUUCCAAUUAUGACUCCGAGAAAGGUGUCAUCUCUUCGAUCACUCGUGUUCUUUCCAUCAGAUGAUAGCAAUGAAGAAGAUUGUCGAUGGAUAAUAGCUAUAUGCAAAGGAUCUCCACUUCUUCGCAUCUUAGACUUUGAGGGUGUUCGAUUGCAAGGGAGUCUUCCUAAAGAGGUUGGAUACUUAAUUUAUUUAAGGUAUCUGAGUUUAAAAGGUACUUGCAUCACGAAAUUACCAACUUCAAUAGGUAACUUAAGGUCCUUAAUGAUCCUUGAUUUACGAGUGAAUGAUGUAAACAUCAUGUUACCUAAUCAAUUAUGGAAGAUGAAAUCUUUGAGGCAUUUGUAUUUCCCAUCUAGGAUAUUGUCUCAAGAAAAUGUUCAUCAGCAAGGAUAUACAAUCGAGGAGGAUAAUAUGUUAAAGUUAGACCAAUUGGGGUAUCUAGAGAAGCUUGAAGAUGUAGACUUGGAUAGGGUGGAUGUGAAUGGAUUAGUAGAACUAAGAAGCAUGAGAAAACUUUCAGCUAGUUGUGUUUCUAAGAAAGAAAGCUUGGUUCCUUUUCUAAAAUCCACUAGCAUAAAGAGCUUAUCACUAAAAGUCCAUGCUGAUAUAAUAAAUCAAGAUCAUAUGAUCUUAUCAACUUGUGCUUCCUUGAAGGUUUUACAUAUAGACGCCGAAAGAUACCCACGAACUUAUUUACCAAUGACCUUGGACAUUUUUCCGCAAAAUUUGGUGGAGUUGGGGUUUUGGUAUUGUAAAUUCUCGGAAGAUCCAAUGCCAAUUCUUGAAAAGCUUCCCAAGCUGAGAAACCUUCAAUUGCAUAUAUGCUAUGAUAAAAGUAAGUUAGCUUGCUCCAAUAAAGGCUUUCCUGAGCUUACUUAUUUGGCUCUUGAUGGCUUAUUCUCUACAAAUGAGUGGACAGUUGAAAAGGGAGGGCUUCCAAAGUUAAAGAAUGUUGAGAUUUAUAACUGUCCUCUUACAAAGCUUCCUGAUGUUCUGCCAUCACAUAUUUCCAUUGUGUGCUGUCCUUGCAUAAGUGGAAUCAAAAGACAUGGGUCUUGUCAUUACUUCAAAGCUUGAUGGCUAAUAAAGCUAUUUUAUAUUUAUUUGUUGCUGUUUUCAAAAUUGUAUCUCUUUGUGUAAGUACCUUAUUUCUUUUCUUAGUAGCUAAUUGCAUGGUGUGAUCAAUAAUUUCAAUUGAUGAUAUUGAUAUAAAAGACUCUUCUUGGUUUUAA